AUGUCGACGCCCAUCAUCCCCGUCUACUUCGAGCUGAGCUGGUCGAUACUCAGCACCAUCGGCGCCACCAACGUGAUGUUUGGCCUCCUCAUCAUCGGGAUCACGAGCUUCUCGCAGAUCAUCGUGGUGCCCAUCGUCUCGUCCGCCGCCGGGGCCAUCGCCAACGGGCUCUGCUACUACGCCUAUUACGACGAGAGCUACUCACUCCAUCAGAAGGCGGCUGCCUCGGCGGUUGGAGAUGCAUUCUGGGUGAUCCAAGAAGUCGCCCUGUCGUUCUACAGCUACGCCCUUCUUCGAAGGAUCCUGAAGGACACGAGGUGGAUCGUGUUCAACACCCUCUUCUGGACCAUGGUCAUCGCCAUCGUAUCCAUCCGCAUCGCCAUCGCCGUGUCUCGCGUCCGGUACAUCCUCAGGGGCAACGCGAACCUGCAGAACACCGUCAACGACCUCCACAUCGGCUACUUCGUCCUCAUCGCCUCGCUCGAGUGCAUCAGCGCCUUCUUCCUGCUCAACACGUUCGCCGAGGUCAUGUCGACGUCGGCCCGGGCCGCCCUCAAGGCCGACUUCUUCAGGUAUCUCAUGCGUAGCACCGAGGUCCGUCUCGCGACGCUGGCCCUCCUGGGCAUAAUGAGGGCCGUGACCUACUCAUUCCAGAUCACGGCCCAGAGCGCCACGAACCCGGCCAGCCAGAUCGAUCGGUUCGCCUACACGUUGGAGUGUCUUUUUCCGAUUGUCAUGUUUAUCGACAUACUCGCGUCCAAACUCAUGUUCACAACGUACUCGUAUCACCCCACGCAGCCGAAGCGACCGACGCCGAGGGGAUACGUUGCGUCUAGGAAGGUAACCGAUGGCUGGUUUGACGGCACACAGCCGAGCCAGCAGCUGGUCGUCGUCCAUGGGGGUAAAGACGAAAGUUCAGAAAUGGAUUAUGCGCGCCCCGGUUCGUCAGGGUCCAUGAUCAAUCUUGGGGAUGUGGAAUCCGAUUAUGUGUGCAAGGGUGGGAUCAACAAGACGGUCGUCAUCAGUGUGAAGCAUUCGAUACCGGCUCACCCGGAGAGACCUAGGCAGUGUCUCACCUCGCCUUGA